AAAGCGUCUGACAUUCUUUGUUUACCAUCGUCGACUUUCUCUGGACCCGACUUGCCGGGCCUCGCUCACACGUCGUCAACUCGGUAGGCGCGCCGAUGCUGCCGCCAUGGCCGGGUCCGGAGUGGAUGCUUCUCCGGACCUCUCGAUCGGAACACGCACGCUCGCCGUUCUGUACCCCCUCUUCGCCGUAGCGCUCGUUGUCUUCUGCAUUCGCAUGUUCACGCGGACGAGGCCGAAGUACCGCCUCAAUGCCAGCGACUACACCGUGGCGGUCGCGUUCGUUGCGGAAGCGCUGGUGAUUGCGCUGACUACCGUUGCCGUGGCUCAUGGAUUCGGACGCCCAAGCUCUUAUCUCUCGGCCGACGACAUCGAAAUUAUCGGAGCAACCACAUUCACCGUCUUCUGCGUGGCCUUCUGGGCGUCAUCCUUCGCCCGAAUCUCAGUCGCGUACUUAUUGCUGCAAAUUACCCAGCAGAGGAUGUGGAGAGUGGUGCUCUGGUUCAGCAUCGGCAUUCAGGUGGUCAUAGCCGUAGCCUCCGACAUUGCCGAGCUCGUCCAGUGCCGACCGAUUCGAAGCAUAUGGGCGCACGAUGCCGGUGGGAGAUGCUUCCCACCCGAUGCGAUAUGGAUGAUGGCAUACACCUUUGUUGGUGGGUCACUUUGUGCUGUUGAUUUCUCGACGCCGUGGGCUAACACGUCCUUUGUUCGCAAAGGCAUUGGCAUGGUCAGCGACGUACUCUUCGCGGUGCUUCCUGCUCUCAUCAUUUGGAAGCUCACUCGCUCGUCGGUGGAAAAAACAUUGCUUACUGUCCUCAUGGGACUUGGGGUGGUAGCGAUGGCAGCUGGCCUCCCCAAGAUCAUGACAAUGCACACGUUUGACCCGAGGUCGCCAAAUGUGGUCGGGGACAUGAUGCCCUUAUAUCUGUGGAGCCGCGUUGAGGAAAUCCUCCUCAUCAUUGCGGCUUGUGCACCACUCCUCAAAGUCCCCAUAGAAAACUCGCUCCAUCGUCGAUUCGGCCUCCCCAGGUUUACCCCGCAAGAGAGAAGCCUUAACACAGUUCAAUCUCGGACGUAUCCAUCGGUCAAGACCGAAUUCUCCGAAUAGAUUCGAGGAACACGGACCUUCUUAGCGAAGAAUGAAACCGGGACUCGAGACUUGCAUCUGGAAACACCAGCAUUUCCAGGAUGGACCAAAACGCUCCUUGCAGAAAUUUCGGAAAGUAAUGCUUGCCUGUAUUACAGUGUCUUGAAUAUACUAUUAUUAUCUAGCCUUAACCAUGCCUUCAAUGGCAGAGGGGGUAAGAUACCUAUUUUGUACAAACCCUCUUAGGGUUUGAAGA